CUGGUCUGCAGCAUCACUAUACUCACGCCUCUCGCGGCUCGAAGCAACCUCAGCUUAAGCCGCUCACGUAACCUAAACAACCCAUCCGAUCGCCCUCCCACACGACAAGCCUUACUAUUCAGCAUCCCAACUCCCUUCCUUUCACCCCUCCCCAUCUCCCACAUCAACCUACCCGCGCAGGCAAGACAUGAUGUCCGAACCGCAGGCAGAGAUAGAUUUGGAUUCCGUCAUUGAUCGGCUGCUGGAAGUGAGGGGAAACCGGCCAGGCAAGCCAGUACAGCUACAGGAGUACGAAAUCAAGUACUUGUGCACAAAAGCACGCGAGAUCUUCAUCAACCAGCCUAUACUACUCGAGCUGGAGGCUCCUAUCAAGAUUUGCGGCGAUAUACACGGGCAGUACUACGACUUGCUUCGGUUGUUCGAGUACGGUGGAUUCCCUCCUGAGGCCAACUAUCUCUUCCUAGGCGACUACGUGGAUCGGGGGAAGCAGUCCCUUGAAACCAUCUGCUUGCUGCUCGCUUACAAGAUCAAGUACCCCGAAAACUUCUUUAUCCUCAGGGGCAAUCAUGAGUGUGCCAGUAUUAACCGCAUUUACGGUUUCUAUGACGAAUGUAAGCGGCGGUACAACAUCAAGUUAUGGAAGACCUUCACCGAUUGCUUCAAUUGCCUGCCCAUCGCUGCAAUAAUCGACGAGAAAAUCUUCACGAUGCACGGUGGCCUCAGCCCAGACUUGCAGAGCAUGGAGCAGAUUAGGCGCGUGAUGAGACCAACCGAUGUGCCUGAUACAGGCCUUCUUUGCGACCUGUUGUGGUCGGAUCCCGACAAGGAUAUCACCGGUUGGAGCGAAAACGAUCGUGGCGUGUCAUUUACGUUCGGACCAGACGUCGUGUCGCGAUUCCUGCAGAAGCACGAUAUGGAUCUUAUCUGCCGUGCGCAUCAAGUCGUAGAAGAUGGGUACGAAUUCUUCGCCAAGCGGCAGCUUGUCACGCUCUUCUCUGCGCCGAACUAUUGCGGAGAAUUCGAUAAUGCAGGCGCCAUGAUGAGUGUGGAUGAGACACUACUGUGCUCAUUCCAGAUCUUGAAGCCGGCAGAGAAGAAAAAGUAUCCUGGUUACGGUGGGAUGAACAUGGGAGGAAACAGGCCUGUAACGCCUCCGCGAAACAAGAAGGGUAAGGCGUAAAGAAGCAUAUACCAAGGUGUGCAUUCGGUAGCACCAUGAAAUCGGAUGGACGAGUGCGUCCAGGAGCAGGUCGAGAGAUGUAUGCGGAAGUGUUGGGCCCUUUGCUGCAAUGACGACGCGAUUGUAGAUGUAUCCUUUCCCAGGUUCUCUUACCCCUCAUACCUCUCUCCCGCCUUUCUUUCGCGCCCGUUUCAGCCUAAUGGUUACCCACUGUCGUGCACAGGCAGCCGCAGCAGCCCCCUACGCUCCUUUUCUUCAUUCAUUCCUUCCCUCUCCAUCCUGACCCUGAUCCUCGUCUCGUGCUCUGUACGUCAUGCGCGUCUGGCUUACAUAUAUCUGUGUUUUUUUCUGCUUCUCCUGGUUCCCCAUCCCUUUCUCCUACUCCUCCACAAUCUUACACAUCCGCCAUCCGUGGCUUGUGCCGCUUGAACCAUUCAUUCAUCCCAAUCAUGAUCCCGAUGCCUAGUCGUACGUAGCCUAAAUGUGAAAUAGGGCCUCUCAGACCCAUGUUCCGC